AUGGCUACUGCAAUUGAUAAAUUAUCUGUUAGUACCAUUAGAGGUUUAUCUGUUGAUCAAGUUAAUGCUGCUCAAUCAGGUCAUCCUGGUGCUCCAUUAGGUUUAGCUCCAGCUGCUCAUGCUGUUUGGAGAAAAAUGAAAUUCAAUCCUCAAGAUCCUCAUUGGAUUAAUAGAGAUAGAUUUAUUUUAUCAAAUGGUCAUGCUUGUGCUUUAUUAUAUUCUUUAUUAGUUUUAUAUGGUUAUGAUUUAAAAAUUGAUGAUUUAAAACAAUUUAGACAAUUAAAUUCUAAAACUCCUGGUCAUCCGGAAAGAUUAGAUACUCCUGGUGUUGAAGUUACAAGUGGUCCAUUAGGUCAAGGUAUUUCAAAUGCUGUUGGUAUUGCAAUUGCUCAAAAACAAUUUGCUGCUACUUAUAAUAAACCUGAUUUCCCAAUUUCUGAUGCUAAAAUUUUUUGUUUCUUGGGAGAUGGUUGUUUAAUGGAAGGUAUUUCAAGUGAAACUUCUUCAUUAGCUGGUCAUUUACAAUUAGAUAAUUUAAUUGCAUUAUGGGAUGAUAAUAGAAUUUCAAUUGAUGGUGAUACUGCUUGUGCUUUUACUGAAAAUGUUCCAUUAAGAUAUAAAGCUUAUGGUUGGAAAGUUUUAGAAGUUCAUGAUGCUGAUACUAAUAUUGAUGCUGUUUCAGAUGCCAUUGAUGAAGCUAGAAAAAUCACUGGUGCCCCAGUCUUAAUUAGAUUAGUUACUACUAUUGGGUUUGGUUCAAAAGCUGCAGGUACUGGUGGUGUUCAUGGAGCUCCAUUAAAACCAGAUGAUUUAAAACAAUUAAAAAAAUCAUGGGGAUUUGAUGAAGAAUCAAACUUUUUUAUUCCAGAUGAAGUUGCAAAUUAUUUUGCUGAAAAAGUUGAAGAAAAUAAAAAAAUUCAAGCUAAAUGGAAUGAAUUAUUUAAAGCAUAUAAAGAAAAAUAUCCAAAAGAAGGAGCUGAAGUUCAAAGAAGAUUAGAUGGUAAAUUACCAGAUGGUUGGAAAGAUCAUUUACCAAAAUUCACUUCAAAAGAUAAAGCUUUAGCUACAAGAAAAUUAUCAGAAGGUGUUUUAGAUGCUUUAUGUCCAAUUAUUCCGGAAUUAAUUGGUGGUUCAGCCGAUUUAACUGGUUCAAAUUUAACAAGAGCUCAAGGUGCAACUGAUUUCCAACCACCAUCAACUGGUUUAGGUGAUUAUGCUGGUAGAUAUAUUAGAUACGGUGUUAGAGAACAUGGUAUGGGUGCUAUAAUGAAUGGUAUUGAUGCAUUCGGUGCUAAUUAUAGAAAUUAUGGUGGUACUUUCUUAAAUUUCGUUUCUUAUGCAGCUGGUGCAGUUAGAUUAUCUGCUUUAUCACAUCAAGGUGUUAUUUGGAUUGCAACUCAUGAUUCAAUUGGUUUAGGUGAAGAUGGUCCAACUCAUCAACCUAUUGAGACUUUAGCUCAUUUCAGAGCUUUACCAAAUAUGUCAGUUUGGAGACCAGCUGAUGGUAAUGAAGUUUCAGCUGCCUAUGUUUCUGCAAUUGAAGGUGUAGAUCAUCCAACUAUUAUUGCUUUAACUAGACAAAACUUACCACAAUUAGAACAUUCAAGUCUUGAUGAAGCAUUGAAAGGUGCUUAUACUAUAUGGCCAGUUGAAAAACCAGAUAUUAUUUUAGUUUCAUCAGGUUCAGAAGUUUCAAUUUCAAUUGAUGCAUCAAAAGAAUUAGAAAAACAAGGUGUAAAAGCUUCAGUUGUAUCAGUACCAGAUUUCUUCACAUUUGAUAAACAACCAAUAGAUUAUAGAUUAAAAAUUUUACCAGAUGGUGUCCCAAUUUUAUCUGUUGAAGUUAUGUCAACUUUCGGUUGGUCUAAAUACUCUCAUGAACAAUUUGGUUUAAAUAGAUUUGGUGCUUCUGGUAAAGCUGGUGAUUUAUAUAAAUUCUUUGGUUUCACUGCUGAUGGAGUUGCUAAAAAGGCUGAACAAGUUAUUAAAUAUUAUAAAGGAAAAACUGUUACUUCACCAUUACAUAACGCUUUUGAAGAAUUAUAA